AACAGACGGAGGAAAAAGAAUGCUGUAAGCAUCGAGCCCCUGCAUUGAGCUUGUUCAAGUUCUCCGCUUUCAGAUCCCAAAAGCCUUUUAUUUAUUUAUUUAUUUCUUUUUCCACUUCGAACUUUCAAAGGGCUGUUUCUUAAUUUUUUUCUUUACUCUGAUAAUUCGUCGUCUUUUUUAUCCAAUCUGAAUCCAUUUUCUUGUGCUCUGGAAGAAGAAACCAGAGCUUGAAGAAGAACAACACGAUGGAUGCUCUAAGAAAACAAGCCAGCAAGCUCAGAGAGCAGGUCGCAAAGCAACAGCAGGCUGUAAUAAAGCAGUUUAGUGGGACUGGUUAUGAAAGCUCUGAUGUGGUGGUAAUAGAUGAGUUAGAGAUGCAGAGACAUCAACAGCUAGAGAAAUUGUACAGAUCCACUCGUGCAGGAAAGGAUUUGCAGAAAGAAAUUGUUAAAGCAGCAGAAUCAUUUACUGCAAUAGGGUAUAAACAUAUUGAAACAGGAACCAAGUUGUCCGAGGACUGUUGCAGAUAUGGAGUUGAAAAUAUUAAUGACAAUAUUUUAGCAAAGGGAGCGUCUAUAUAUGGUGAUGCCCGGAAGCAUGUAGAAAAGGAACAAGAGGAGUUUAAUAAGCUGUUAUCUUUACAGGUUUUAGAUCCAUUGAGAGCAAUGAUAACUGGUGCUCCUUUGGAAGAUGCUCGCCAUCUUGCUCAACGUUAUAGUCGAAUGAGACAGGAAGCAGAGGCACAGGCAGCAGAAGUUUCAAGGAGACAAGCACGAGUAAGGGAAGCCCCAAGUCCUGAACAUGUUGCAAAGCUGCAUGCAGCUGAAGCAAAGAUGCAAGAACUUAAAGCGAACAUGGCAGUUUUGGGUAAAGAAGCUGCUGCUGCAUUGGCUGCUGUUGAAUCACAGCAACAAAGAUUGACUUUUCAGAGGCUUGUUUCAAUGGUUUGCAUGGAUUAUGUUGAAGGAGAAAAGACUUAUCAUUUGAGAAUAGCAGCCAUUCUUGGAGAAGUUGAAGCUGAGAUGGUCUCAGAGAAACAGCGGAAAGAGUCUGCUCCCCCUGUGAUUCCAUCAGAUAAUUUUUCUGGGCAAACGAUGUACUUCUUGGCUGAAGCUAUGCAUCCUUUCACUGCAGCAUCAGAGAAGGAAUUAAGCUUGUCCGUCGGCGACUAUGUAGUUGUACGAAAGGUGAGUCCAUCGGGGUGGUCUGAGGGAGAGUGCAAAGGUAAAGCUGGGUGGUUUCCAUCAGCUUAUGUGGAGAAGCGCCAGAGACUACCAACCAAUAAUGGUGCUGCUGAAGCAUAUUAAUUUGUGCCCUAUAUUCGGCUGAUUAUUUUACCUUGCUGCCAACUUUGUUUUGUGUCUAUAAUAACCAAAAAGAGCUGGCAAUCUAUUAUUGAAUGUUUUUUGCCCAAUUCGGAGGACAACAUACUCAAAAAUGUGGUAGGUGUAUAUUCUUUGUUGUACUCUUCCAUGACCGAUUAUUUAAAGAUCCAGAAAAAAAGUUUGUAUUAGUUAUUUUAUAAAGCAAAACAUUUUGUUGGUUUUUGUUAA